UUAGCAUUAGCAUAGCGCCAGUGUUGAGUCCGCGGGGAGAGACACACAGCUGUCUUCGGCGUGGGCUGCCACUUCAGGAGCGCAACAACUUUCACCAAAACCCGGUUUAGAGGCACGAAAACAGCGGCCAGCCACGGAAUAAGCAGAACAAGAACAGGAGCAGCAGCUACGGAUCAAAAAUGUCAAGCCCGAAACCGAAGAGUAUGCUCCGAGAGGCGUCCCACCAGAUCAUAGCCGGUGGAUCUGCAGGUCUGGUGGAGAUCUGCCUCAUGCACCCGCUGGAUGUUGUUAAAACGCGGUUUCAGAUCCAGAGAGGCACCAGUGACCCCAACAGCUACAAGAGUCUGGGGGACUGUUUUAAGACCAUCUUCAGAAAUGAAGGAGUUUUUGGAUUCUACAAAGGAAUCCUGCCUCCCAUUCUGGCUGAGACGCCCAAAAGAGCAGUCAAGUUUUUCUGCUUCGAACAGUACAAGAAGCUGCUGGGACUGACGCCUUUGUCUCCGGGAGUGGCAUUGACGGUGGCAGGACUGGGCUCUGGUCUGACUGAAGCUGUGGUGGUUAAUCCCUUUGAGGUGGUCAAAGUCAGUCUGCAGGCCAACAGAGACGCCUUCAAAGAGCAACCCUCCUCCUUUGCCCAGGCGAGGAAGAUCAUCAGUGCUGGAGGGUUUGGUCUGAAUGGCCUGAACAGAGGUCUGACCUCCACUCUGGGACGACACGGCAUUUUCAACAUGAUCUACUUUGGAUUCUACUUCAACGUCAAAGAUGCCAUCCCCGCCAGUCCUGAUCCGACUCUGGAGUUCUUGAGGAAGUUCACCAUCGGCCUGGUGUCUGGGACCAUCUCCUCCUGUGUGAACAUCCCAUGGGACGUGGCCAAGAGCCGUAUUCAAGGACCGCAGCCUGUGCCUGGGGAGAUCAAGUACAAGACCUGCAUCCAGACCAUGGCACUGGUCUACAAAGAGGAAGGGUACUUGGCGCUCUACAAAGGACUGGUGCCAAAGAUCAUGAGGCUUGGACCAGGUGGAGCUGUGAUGCUGCUCGUCUAUGAAUAUGUGUCUGGAUGGUUGAACAGAAAUUGGUAAAAGUAAAAAGGGAACUUAAAUCCAAAGUGCCUUAAGAAAAUCCCACUGCCAACAUUUCUACUCAAGCAAACUCACCUACUGUCUCUAUCUGUGUCAUGUUUUACAAAGCCAAGCAGUCUUAAUGGAGGCGUGUUUUAAUGAAGAAACUAGACUGGAAGAAAAAUGUAAUUGUGUUAAUACUAUUUUAGAUUUUAGUAUAUACAUGUUUUAGCUUAUCAAAUGUCAAUAACUAUUUCUACAUUCAUUUACUUGAAAAUAAUAGUUCUGACACACACACUACCAGGCAUGACAAUGCACACAGUCAUUUUAAAUGUUUGAGUUAAAGGUGCUCUAUGUAACUUUCCUGGUAGAGAGGCUGCCACUUUCUUGUUGGAGACUUGUUUCUUUGCCUGAGAAUACUGUUUGUCCACAGCAGUAUGCCAUUAAAUGUGUUUAUCUCCACAGGCAUGAGACAGAAAUAGAAAAGUUACAUAGUGCUUGUUUAAUUACUUUUAUAUACAUAUCCACUGUAUAAAAUGGUGUUAGCUUAGAUUCCUUCAGAUAUUGAGAUGAAACUAAUAGAACCAGUGUCGGCCAAAACAUCUUGAGUUGUAAUGCAGACUGCACAUGUGUGAUGCACAGGAGCCUGUGUGGGCAAAUGUAAUACUGUCCUGUGUCUAUAGUCUUAUGAUCACAGCACACACAGUGAUCAACUUAACAAGUAUGAUUUUAGUCUAACAACAUCUGUUUAAUGUGUUAAAUCAGCCAGACAAUUUACAUAUCAUUUUAUUUUCUUAAGUAAUUUGAGUACUCCAUAGUAACCAUAGACUCUAUAUAUAUAUAGACAUAUAAGAAGUGGACUGAGUGAGUGUGACGUCACCCACAGUGUUCAGUUCCAGUCAAAUGAAGCUCAUCGAGGCUAGAGCAGUUAUAGGGGACAAUGUGGGGCUAGCAGGUUAGCGAUGUCCAUUUAUAUAUACAGUCUAUGGUUGUAACACUUUACCCUCAGCACUGCAAAUGAGUGAAAAAAAAACUUGAUACAAAAACAAAAAGAAACUCACACAAAAUCUCAAUAUCUUCAAUAUCAAUACUAUUUUUUAGGAAUAGUAAUAUUAUAGUGACGCCCACUGACCAGAUGGUUGCCGGUGUGAUGUUAUGUUUUAUCUGUAUUCUAAAUGUUGUCUUAAAUGUGAUCACAGUUUAUACAGUGAUCAAGAUAUCUACAGUAUUUCAGUUUAGUAACAUCUUUAUACUGUAUUAAGUCAUCGGGGCAUUAACUAUUUCAUUUUAUCUUCUUCUGUUAAUAUUUUUUUUUUUUUUUUCAUGUGCUAAAAAGAGACAUUAUGUUGUCUUCUAUAUAUUUUAAAUUACCAAAAUUAUACAAAAUUAUGUGUAAAAGAAUGAAUAUUUUUGAGUGAAGAAAACUGUGUCUUUGUUUGACAUGGUUAGCUCCAGGGGUGUAGCACCAAAUUCUAGGCCCUAGGUAAGAAUCAUCCUGGGGGCCUGCACUACAUAUUGUCUGAUGAAAAAUGCAUAUUGUAGAGUUUUUUGAGGGGCCCCUCCCUGCACUGGGCCCUGGGUGAACAGUACCCUUUACCCCCCUGGUUAGCUCCUGACACUUUAAAAUACACAUUACAGUACAUGGUGUAAUGGCCUGGACCACACUAGACUCCAGAAUUUUUUAUCUGUACUGAACAUCAUAUGUUUUGGGUAUUUCUGAGUUAAAAUAUUAACUUGUCUGUUUAAACAACUGUGUGAUACCAAAUGAUAAGUUGAAAUAAACAUGU